AUGCCUCAACCACUCUUCACAACUCGCGUUGAAAGGUUAAAAAGACAACACAGUGAAGUCAGUGGUUUCAUUUUCGUGAAAUAUAUUCGUGGACUGGAUCUAGAUACGAUGGAGUUAUAUAACCGAGCCCUAAUGGAAAGUAUUGAUCAAAUCCAAACCAUAAUCAUUAACAACUCAGAAGAUGGCCAUCUAAACCCAAGACUACUAACACCUGACGUUAAUGAGAGGUCAGCCACACUCACAAUCUUGGCUAGACUGAAAAAACUAGUGAGAGCGACGUGUAGAAUGACUUUCAUCACUAAUACGAACAACGAACCUAUUGACCGCGAAGCAGAAGCGGGGUCGACAGUCGAAGAUGUGUUAGAUCGAUUAUUUGCGGUAGUGUCACCAGAAUGUUAUAUUGGUCGCUAUAGAGCUCGUAUUCUCAGAGCUGCAAACUCUAACUUACCAUACUGA